CCAAACUUAUGGGGGUUUGGCUUCUUUCAUGAGGAAAUGCUUGUUUCGUGUAAUGUCUGUUGGCCCGAUUCCUGAUUACAUUGCGUUCAUCAUGGAUGGGAACCGAAGGUCUGCGAAGAGAUGGAACUUACCAGUUGGGGAAGGCCAUAAAGCUGGAUAUUUGUCUGUCAUGUCCCUUCUUCGGUACUGCUGGGAAAUAGGGGUGAAGUAUGCAACUUUCUAUGCCUUCAGCAUUGACAAUUUUAAGAGACCCCCGAACGAGGUGCAACUUCUAAUGAAUCUUUUGCUGGAGAAGAUUGAAGAAAUUCUUGAGAAAAAAAGUUAUGUGAACCAGUUUGGUGUAAGAGUAUGCUUCAUGGGUAACUUGAAGCUUCUAAGUGAGCCUGUCAGGCUUGCAGCUGAAAAUGCAAUGAAGGCGACAGCCAAUAACUCCAAAGCUGUGCUUAUAAUAUGUUUGACCUAUACUUCGACUGAUGAGAUUGUCCACGCUGUAAAAGAUGUUAGCGUGAGUGAGCUGUGUAAAGCAACAAACAUGGUGGUAGAACAGCUAGAUUCAUCAUUAGAGAUAACCGAAGAUGAGCAGCAGCAGAAUAUUCUUCAACUGAAGCAGGUUGAUGUUGAGAAGCAUAUGUAUAUGUACAUGGCAGUGACACCUGAUCCUGACAUUUUGAUUCGAACUUCUGGCGAAACCCGGCUGAGCAAUUUCCUUCUUUGGCAAACUAGUAACUGCCCAUUACGUCCGGCUGUGUUGUGGCCAGACCUGGGUUUAUGGCAAUUGGUUUGGGAAGUGCGGAACUUCCAACGCGACCACUACUAUUUGGAGAAGAAAAAGAAGCAGAUGUAA